AUGGUCAUCAAUUGCCCCAAAAACAGACUGGACGAGCAACACACCUUCACCACCCAAACCUUCGGCUUCCUCAUCCACCCCAACAUCCCGGCGCUGCCGCCCAACGCCAAGAUAGCCGACGUCGGCACGGGCACGGGCAUCUGGCUGCUGGACGUGGCUAAGACGCUGCCGGCGACGUGCGAGCUGCGGGGGUUCGACGUCUUGGCGUCGUCGUUCCCGGCGCGCGAGACGUGGCCGGCCAACGUGACGUUUGCGACACACGACAUGCACGCGCCGUUCUCGGCUGCCGAGCUGGGCACGUACGACGUCGUGGCCGUGCGCUUCGUCAGCAGCGCCACCCCGCGCGCCGCCUGGGCCCGCGCCGUCGCCAACCUCGCCACUCUCCUACGCCCCGCCGCCGGCUGGCUGCAGUGGAUCGACUCGGCCAACUUCGCCCUGUACAGCUCGGCCCCCGGCGCCUCGCGCGCCGCCUGCCAGCAGAUCUACGACGGGCUGCGGCCGUUCCGGCCUGCACCGAGAAAUGGCGACGACGACGACGACGACGCCGCCGUCAUCGGCUUGAUGAUGCGUGAGCCCGGCAACCUGCGGCGGCCAGACGUGUGGCGCGCGCUAGGCCUCGUCGACGUGCACGAGGACGUCUUCUCGACCGACCGCCUGCAGGACCCGGCGCUGCGGCUGCGCGACCGCGGCACGCGCAACGUCAUCGAGUGCUUCGUCGGCUGCCUGCAGAGCCUGGUUGGCGUCGAGGGCAGCGGGUGGACCAGGGAGCGCAUCGAGCGGCUGAACGCCGAGGCCAUGCGCGAGAUCGACGCCGGCGUCUAUCACACGCUGGACCAGAUCUGCAUCGUGGGCAGAAGGGCGGGCUAG